UUUACAAUAGUUCCUUAUUGAUAAAAUAUGUUAUUUAUGCUAAAGCUUCAUAGCUUGAUCAAAAAGUCUAAGAAUAGAUACAUCGAGAAGUUAAAUUCAGGUCAAAGGUGAGUAUACCCGGCGAGGUCAUCGACCUAUAAGACACAAAAUGGCGGCGUCAGUGCUGUUUCCAGCGAGUGCGAGACUUCUCUCCGGUCUGCGCCACUUCAGCAGAGUUUCCCGGGCCGCGACUACCUCCUUAUGUCGUCCUCAGAACCACAGCUUAUCGACAACAGCCAGACAUUUCAGCCAACCGACGCCGCGGACCGAAAAAGCCAAGGUGACGGUGAAUUACGUCAUGCGUGACGGCAGCACAGUGCCAGUCCGGACUAAGGUCGGAGAAAACCUCCUGGACAUUGCCAUAGAAAACGACUUGGACAUUGAUGGCUUUGGUGCGUGUGAGGGGACGCUAGCCUGCUCCACUUGUCACCUGAUCUUUGAGCAGCCCAUCUACGACCAGCUGGAGGAGCCGACAGACGAGGAACUGGACAUGUUGGACCUGGCCUUUGGACUAACAGACACUUCCCGUCUCGGCUGCCAGGUGUGUGUCACGAAGGCCUUGGAUGGACUGACGGUCAAGGUGCCGGAAGGUGUUGCAGAUGCCAGGGAUGUGUAACAUCUUCAAGAAUGCAGCCUUCAGUUCUUGAAGGAUGCAACCACAACUCUCAAGGAUUCUUCUGUGGCAUUAUCACUCUCUGGCAAUGACUAUUCAGUAGUCUUACAAGAGAUAUACUCUAGGUGAUUUUAGUUUUAAAAAGGUAAGCAUCAUAAGUACACAUAGUGGUCCCUGUUUGUUAAUGGCAUAUUGUGUGUUUAUUGUUUCUAUAUGGUAUAACUUUGUAGGAUUAUGACUAUUUCCUGUAGCCUGGUAAAGGUGAAGGUACAUGUGAACAUUGUUCCAUGGGGAGCUACAAGGUUCUUGCCUUUGCUCAGCACUUUGACCUUUUGGAGUCAAGUUAAUGCCUGAUAAACACAGAAAGAAACCUGCAGGAUGUUGUAUUUUAGUCAGUCCACUACUGGCAACGUACAAAGAUUUUUUUGAGCAGAUGGAUAUUUUUAGAAUAGAUUGUGAAAGUCAUUUUUUGGUGAAAGAUUAACUCAGUUAUUUAGAUAGAGGAAGAUAAUGAGGACACUAAUAUUGGAGAUCAAAUGUGAAAUAUGACGUUUUCAAUACAAUAUGAAUCAAGAUGAGAAUGUUUUUGCUUGACAUUCUAUGUAACAAGUGUCAAAUCUUCAUCAAGCUAACUGUUCUAGUUGUAAGAGGCCAGUAGUGUAACAUUAUCUUUCUGUGAAUUUCCACAGGGAAGACAACAGGAAUGAAAUCAACAAUUACAGUCAAAGAACUCAGAGUUCAGAAUGUUCAAUUGUACAAAAAAAAUGUGCAUACAAUAUUCCAUGCCAUUUUGUAGAAGUUCUACAUAACACAUGUACUAGCAGGAUAGACCAAUGAAAUUCCACAUAAUGAAAAUACAUUGUAGGCUCUUUUUUUCUGUUUUUAAUUUUACAGAUGUCACAGAAUGGGUAAAACAUUCAUUAAGCAGCUACUUACAAUAAUUACUUACGGCUACUUCCUGUCCAGUAGUGUUGGGUAACCUGUUAGUUUAAACCCCAUCACGCCUUGCCUUUUCCCUAUGUAGAGCAUGUAGCUUUAUAGUGCGUCAUUGAUCAUUAUUUGCAGUCUUCUUUGCCUUGUCCUUACUGACUUCUUGUAGCAUUAGAAAACCAUGUUGAAAACGGCAUCAGCACUCUCCACUAAAAAAGCAUGGAUGCUCCAAUAUGUCUAUUUUGAAGGAUGCUAUGUUGUCCAUAGUUUAAGGUUUCAUGCAUGCAGUAGAGAAGUAUUGAGAUAUGUUUAAUUUCAACGUAAUAUUUUGGUUUUAAAAGUGUGGCGAAAAACAGUGUUUUGAUGUAGGAGGCAGGACUAGGGUAUAUAUAUGAUAGCUGUUUGGAUAUACCUGUAUAUUCUAUAUAUAUUUGACAUGUGGUAUGGACUAUAGAAUUUGAUCGUUCAGUAAUCAGUGAUGAAAUAAAACUGUCAUAUAUUUACAAAUACAAA